UACGGAUGAAGAAAACAAAGCAAGAAAAAAUGUCAGUAGUUGAUAUAAAAAUUGGAAAUAAAUAUAGAAUUGGAAGGAAAAUUGGGUCAGGGUCUUUUGGGCAAAUUUACUUGGGACUGAAUGUUGUUAACGGAGAGCAAGUUGCAGUAAAGCUUGAGCCUUUAAAGUCCCGGCAUCAUCAAUUGGAAUAUGAAUUUCGAGUAUAUAGUAUCCUGAAAGGCAACAUUGGAAUUCCCAUGAUUCGCUGGUUCGGUAUAGUAAACAAUUAUAACGCUAUGGUUAUGGACUUGUUAGGGCCUUCUCUAGAAGACUUGUUUUGCUAUUGUGGAAGAAAAUUUUCCUUAAAAACGGUUGUUCUAUUAGCAGACCAGUUAAUUAGCCGUAUCGAAUAUGUGCAUCAAAAGUCAUUUCUCCAUAGAGACAUCAAACCAGAUAAUUUUCUCCUGAAAAAACACAGCAACGUUAUAACGAUGAUUGAUUUCGGAUUGGCCAAGAAAUACAGAGAUUUCAAAACUUACGUUCAUAUUCCCUACCGAGAUAAUAAAAACCUUACGGGUACAGCCAGAUAUGCAAGUAUUAAUACACAUAUAGGGAUUGAACAGUCGAGGCGCGACGAUUUGGAAUCUUUAGGAUAUGUGUUGCUAUAUUUUUGUCGGGGAAGCUUACCCUGGCAGGGCUUGCAAGCGGAUACGAAAGAACAAAAGUAUCAGAAGAUUCGCGAUACAAAAAUUAAUACUCCUUUGGAAGUAUUAUGUAAAGGCCUUCCUGAAGAGUUUAUUUCUUAUAUGUACUACACGAGACAACUUUCUUUUACCGAAAAACCUGACUAUAAUUAUUUAAGAAGGUUAUUUCGAAAUCUGCUUAUACGAAAGGGAUAUCAGUAUGAUUAUGUUUUUGACUGGAUGAUACUAAAAUACCAAAAGCGUGCCGCAGCUGCAGCCGCGGCCUCUGCCACUGCUAAUAAGACUCCUAACACAUAUGGAAACCUUAGUGCCUUACCGUCUCCAGCAGUGUCUCCUCCUCCUGCUGCCAUUGCACCUCAAUUGACACCUAGCCUGAAGAAUUCACCUGGCCGUAUACCCACUGAUCGAUUGCCAAAAACGCCUCAAUCUUAUUCAACCAAUGUCGUCCAAUGUACUUCUCCCUCUCCCCUUCCUUGUCAGCUCCGUCCAACCUCCCAAAGUAAUGAUUUCAACAUCAUCCAACCCUCUUUUCAGGCUAAUUACACUCCACACAUAAGAAACCCCUUGAAUGAUGACCAUGCUUCUUAAUUUUAUACCUGCCAGUCAUCUCUCUUGAAGAAAAAAAAAAAAGAAAAUGGAUUAUUCUCUUUUUCAUCCUUUGUUUCUUUUCCAUAACUUCAAAUAUUUUUUUUUUUNUUUUUGCGCUAACGACCGCCCCUCCUACUAAUUUAUCGCUUCUUGAUCUACAUAAAGUAGAACUGGCAUAAUACUUUCCAUAGGUUUUAUCUGACCGAUAUGAAGUUUUGUUGAAAGAAUCGCCGCAUGUGGCUUUUCUCACUUUUCAUCUUUUCUUUUUCUUUGUUACGAGAAACAUCCUUUUUUAUUCAUCAGCACUUGCUUGGUUUCGCAUUUCGUUUAAUUUCUGCUUCUGUAUUAACCACAGACACUGUUUAGCACUUUUGUGCUUUAAUUUUGUCGUUUUUUGCGUUCCAUUCCAUAUCUUUGAAAUUAAUAUGCAUCAUCUAAUUUGGCGGCGUAUUUAAGCAUUCGUUUUCCUUUCGCAACUUUUCAUAUUGCACGAGCCUGGCCAGACCCUAUCAAUAAGCGUGUAGGAGUUACAUUCUUGUUGGGUAUAUUGAAACCUUGAUGGAAGAUAAUUAUUCAAUCCUAGUAAAAUGGUUUCAAUCAUAUUUGAAUAAUUAACUAGUUGCUCUAUUUAAUUCACUUUAAGUAACAGGUAGACGCUUUUAUCUCUAUGCUAACAUGUAUCGAUAACUGUUUUUCUUGUAAUGGAUUCUAUUUUACAUGCUUCUUUUGUUUUUGUUUUUUGUUUAUUUGUUGAUGCCUUUUUUCAGUAGAUG